CGUGUCGGGAAACAGAGCUCCGGACUCAACAGCUUGUUGUUCGUGUCUCGAGAGGAGAAGCGGCGAGAAGAGAUCCAGAACCUUCUGAGCUGGACUCCCUCAAGUAGCCGGCGAGAUGAAGGCAGCAGACGAGCCUCCCUACCUCACCGUGGGGACGGAUGUCAGUGCCAAAUACAGAGGAGCCUUCUGCGAGGCCAAGAUCAAGACCGUGAAACGCAUGGUGAAGGUGAAGGUGAAUCUGAAAGGUGAAUGUACGUCCCAGGUGGUGCAGGACGACCAGGUCAAAGGAGCGCUGAGGGUGGGCUCCACGGUGGAGGUGAAGACCAACGAGGGUUUGUCCAGCGAGGCCGUCAUUAGUAAACUGACGGACGCCAGCCUCUACACUGUGGUGUUUGAUGAUGGAGAUGAGAAAACUCUUCGUCGGACGUCUCUUUGUCUGAAGGGAGAGAGACAUUUUGCAGAGAGUGAGACCUUGGACCAGCUGCCGCUCACCAAUCCCGAACAUUUCGGCACGCCGGUCAUCAGCAAGAAAUCGAACCGCGGAGGAAGGCGUUCGUCUCAGGCUGUGGCUGAUGAGGAGAACGAGUCUUCGUCCAGUGAGGACGAGUACGAUGACCGGAGGAGACUGAACGAUGAGCUGCUGGGGAAAGUCUGCAGCGUUGAGAGUGAAGAGGAGACCAGCAAGUGGUACCUGGCUCUGGUGGUGUCUCCCAGCUGUAACGAUGAGCUGGUGGUGAAGAAGGACCAGUGUCUGGUCAGAUCCUUGAGCGACGCCAAGUUCUACACGGUGGCGAGGAGACACAUCCACACCUUCAGCUCCAUCAGCGCCACCAGGUCGGAGUUCUCCGGCAGGAGAGGUUUUGAAGCAGCCCAGGUGUUCCUGAGGACUCGGGAGGUCCCGGAUAUGUGGAAGAUGGACAUGAGUCAGAUCCUGGACUCGUCCUCCAGCGAUGAUGAGGAUGAUGAAGAGAAGGAGAGUGAUGAGGACGAGAAGGACGAAGAUGAGAAGAAGAAGAAGAAGAAACACAUAAAGGAGGAGCCAGAGGAGGAGGAGCCUGAUCCAGAGGAGAGAGACCGCUUCCUGCAGCAGCUCUAUAAGUUCAUGGAGGACCGAGGGACCCCCAUCAACAAGCCUCCAGUGCUGGGUUACAAAGACCUGAACCUCUUCAAGCUCUUCAGACUUGUCUAUCACCUGGGAGGCUGCCACAAGAUUGAGUCUGGGACCGUAUGGAAGCAGGUCUACGUGGAUCUGGGGAUCCCGGUCCUGAACUCUGCUGCGUCCUACAACGUCAAGACGGCCUACAAGAAGUACCUGUAUGGUUUUGAGGAGUACUGCCGCUCCGCCUCCAUCACCUUCAGGACCAUCCAUCACAACAACCCCCGUCCUCCCACCACACCGACUAAUCAGAAGCAGGCAGGGGCGGAGUUUAACAAGCCCUCCACGCCAGCGGAGGAGGAGGUGGAGCCUGUCGAAGAGAAGGUGGAUGAGGCGGAGUCAGAGAGUGAGGAGGAGGAGGAGGAGGAGGAGUUGGUGAAGGAGAGACAAUCGUCCCUAAGGGUGAUCUUCAGCUUCACACAGGGGAGGAGAAGGUGUGUGGGGAGUCAGCUGAAGGCAGAGAGAGAGUCUCCCUUCGGACUGGAGAAGGGAGGAGAAGCAGAUGAUAACAGUGAGGGGAAGAGGGAGGUGAGGAGAAGCAGCAACAGAAGAAUGGACGACUCAGACAAAGGCUCUGAGGAUGAGGAGGAGGACAACGAGGAGGAGGAGGAAGAAGAAGAAGAGGAGGAAGAGGAAGAAGAAGAGGAGGAGGAGGACGAUGAUGAUGUUGUUGAUGAUGAUGAUGAUGGAGAGGAGAGGAAGAGAGAAGGCUGUGAGGAUGAGGAGGAUGGCGACUCUGUGACGGGGACAAAGGUGCGGGUGAAGUACGGUAGAGGGAAGACUCAGAAGAUCUACGAGGCUCACAUCAAGAAGACGGACGUGGACAACGGAGAACAGUUCUACCUGGUCCACUACUAUGGCUGGAACGUCAGGUACGACGAGUGGGUGAAGGCCGACCGGCUAAUCUGGCCCGUGGAGAAGGGAACCAAGAAGAGAUGGAGGAAGAAGGUGAAGAACAAAGACGAGCCGGAGCGGGACAUAGACGAGGAGAGGCCUCCGUCAGCGGCUUCGAAGCCUCCGGGAGCGAAACGAGGUCGUCCUCAGACCAGGACGCCGCCGACCGGCUCGGCGGGACGCAGCGUCUCUAUGACACCGAGCACCGAGGGACGGUCCAAUGGCAGGAGCAGCAGGACGGAGACAUCCAACAUAGCCAAUGGAGACAACACUCCUCGCAGGAGGACCAGGAGGAUGUCGGGUUUGUACGACUCCGACAGAGCUUCUAACGAGGAUUCUGGGAACUCAUCAGAGGACAGCGAAUCGGAAGACACACCUGACGACAAAAAGCCGUCACCUUGGCGAGGGAGGACUGAAGGCCCACCCUCUCAGGAAGAGGAGGUGAAGGAGGAAGAGAUCAGUGAGGUCGCUGAUGUCACAACGGCCGCUAACGACAACAACGCCGUUCCAACAGCUAGCCAGCUCUCUGUCGCCACGGCACCACAGUGUCCCAGCACGCCUCAGGAGAAAACUGAGGGAAAACUCCAAUCGGAAAAGGUGGAGGCAGAGCAAGGGGAGGAGCCAACUGUAGAAGCCGCCAUGUUGCUGGUUCACCUGGACAAUGAGAUGACGUCUGUCCAAGAAACAGACAACUUGUUUCCUGGACAGGAAGGGCUGUUCAAGAUGUCCCCCACCAAGACGUCCCCACCGUGGGCCCUCGGGGCCUCACCUCCGCGCGCCACCGGGACGUCUCCGCCGCGGGCCCCCGGGACCUCACCCCCGUGCGCCACCGGGACGUCUCCGCCGCGCGCCACCGGGGCCUCACCCCCGCGCGCCCCCGGGACGUCUCCGCCGCGCGCCCCAGGGACGUCUCCGUCGCGCGCCCCCGGGACGUCUCCGCCGCGCGCCCCCGGGACGUCUCCGCCGCGCGCCCCAGGGACGUCUCCGUCGCGCGCCCCCGGGACGUCUCCGUCGCGCGCCCCCGGGACGUCUCCGUCGCGCGCCCCCGGGACGUCUCCGUCGCGCGCCCCCGGGACGUCUCCGUCGCGCGCCCCCGGGACGUCUCCGUCGCGCGCCCCCGGGACGUCUCCGUCGCGCGCCCCCGGGACGUCUCCGCCGCGCGCCCCCGGGACGUCUCCGCCGCGCGCCCCCGGGACGUCUCCGCCGCGCGCCCCCGGGACGUCUCCGCCGCGCGCCCCCGGGACGUCUCAUCUGGAGCAUGUGUCCUCUCCUCAGCCCGCCACUGUAGAGGAAAAGGACUGCAGGUCCACUCCUCUGUCCUCCCCCAGGGUCAAAGGUCGUAGGACCCUCCUCAGGGAGACAGUCUCUGAAACUCCUCCCAGAGUCCUCCUCUUCACCACUAGCCCCGCCCACAUGGUGCCUCCUCCUCGCAGCGUCCUGAAGAGACAGGACGAGCCCAUGGAGGAGGAGGAGGAGGAGGAGGGGGAGGGGAGCGGCUCCACAUUGAAACGUAAGGCAACAGAGCAGGGAGCGGCAGACAAGAAGCUCCGCCCUGAAAGGAGGCGGGACGAGGCCACCUCCCCCAAAACGCUCCCUGCCCAAUCCAAGAUGGCCUCCAGCGCUUCACCCAAAAGACUUCCCUUACCUCUACGCAGGACGGAUUCAGAGAAAAGGAUUAAGGAAACGGUGAAAGAGGACUGGCCCCACCCAGAAGAGUCAGAGGUGCAUAUAGGGACGCCUCCCACCGUCCCGGAGGCCCCGGUCACGGAGGAGCUAGAGCCGCAGAUCGGCCCCGAGGCGCUAGUCUGCCACGAGGUGGACUUGGACGACCCGGAUGAGAAGGAGAAGCCCACUGCCCCGGAGCAUCUCCUCCUGAUGAUGAUGGAGCAGCAACUAGUCCCGCCCCCGAUUCCGAACCUCCUCCACACCCCAAAGCCUUCCCUCCUCCUCCCCCUGCCUCAGCUCAGGCCCUUCCUGCCGGCCACCACUCCCGGCUCCGCCUCCUGCCCCGAAGUGCUCCUACCACCCAGGAGCGCCGGCGUGGAGGAGAGAGGAGCAGUGAGGGGAGAGCAGGAGGGAGACUCCAGCGCCUCUGCCACCUCCCUGCUGUCUCUGCAGGAGACCAAGGACAGAGGUCAGAAGAGGGUGAUGGACUGUAACUCGAGCCCGACAGCCAAGAAACAGAAACGUAACCAGAAACGACUCAACACACCUGGGAAGGUGGAGAAGAAUGGAGCAGGUCACAGCAGUGACAGUGAGGACCAGUCUCGUCCGUCUCGCUGUGCUUCGUCUCCUUCGUCUCCUAGUAAAGACAAACACAGCUUCUCCCCUCAGAGGACGUACAAGUGGACCUUCCAGCUCGAUGAGCUGGACAGCAUGUCGAGCACAGAGAGGAUCUCCUUCCUGCAGGAGAAGCUGCAGGAGAUCAGGAAGUACUACAUGACCCUGAAGUCUGAGGUGGCGUCCAUCGACAGACGGAGGAAGAGACUAAAAAAGAAGGAGAGAGAAGUGUCGAACACGACGCCGUCCACGUCGUCGGGGUCCUCGGACACAGGUAUGAGUCCGUCCUCGGCCUCGCCCGCCCAGAACACCGUUGCAGUGGAGUGCAGGUGAUGACACGCUCACCAAGCCCCGCCCCUUUCAAGCCACAGACUCCACCAACUCUGAGGGCAUGAUAGGAAAUAAACUAAAGAAACUCCCUCCAGGUCAGAGGGGGGGAGGGACUAACACCUGGCCCCGCCCCUUCACCUAGACUGACUUCCUCUUCGAGUAGUGAAAAAGCCGUCUGUUGAGCCGCCAUAGAACACUUUCCUUCCUGCGCUGUAUCCUCAACUUCUUCUAAUUUCAAAAUAAAGUGAUUGGGGGUCAGGUCACUGCUUUAAUUUUUACUGACCUCCUGCUGUUUAUAUAUAUAUAUAUAAAUACACAUAUACAUACAC